AUGGAGCUAAACAGCAGUGUGACAGAGUUCAUUCUAUUUGGAUUAACACAGGAUGUUUUGAAAGAGAAAAUAGUGUUUGUGGUUUUCUUGUUUCUCUACCUUGCAACUCUGUUGGCGAACUCACUUAUCGUGUUCACCAUUAAAUACAGUAGAAUGCUAGGGGGGCCCAUGUAUUUCUUCCUUUUCUACUUAUCCUUUGCUGAUGUCUGCUUUGCAACAACCACAGCUCCCAGGCUGAUUAUAAAUGCUAUAUCUAUGAAGAAAGUCAUCUCCUAUAAUGAAUGCAUGAUUCAGAUUUUUGCAGCCCAUUUUUUUGGGUGCAUGGAGAUCUUCGUGCUCAUACUCAUGUCUUUUGAUCGAUAUGUGGCCAUUUGCAAACCCCUGCGAUACACAGUCAUCAUGAGCCAGCGUGUCUGUGGUACACUGGUGAAUCUGGCCUGGGCAGGAUCUUCUAUCCAUUCAUUAGUACAGGUUUUGUUGGUUUUGCAGUUACCAUUCUGUGGUCCCAAUGUUAUUGACCAUUAUUUCUGUGAUAUGCAACCUUUGUUGAAACUUGCCUGCAUGGACAUUUACAUCAUAAAUCUACUCAUAGUGUUUAAUAGUGGAGCCAUAUGCAUGGUUAGUUUCAUAAUCCUGAUCAUCUCCUAUAUUUUCAUUUUACACUCUCUGAGGAACAAGAGUGCAGAAGGAAGAAAGAAAGCCCUCUCCACCUGCACCUCCCAUAUCAUCGUGGUCAUCUUGUUUUUUGUUCCAUGCAUAUUCACAUACACGCGUCCUCCUGUCACAUUUCCCUUAGAUAAGAUGGUGGCUGUGUUUUACACUAUUGGGACACCCUUGCUCAACCCCCUUAUUUACACGCUGAGGAAUGCCGAUGUUAAAAAUGCCAUAAGAAAGUUAUGGUGCAACCAGCUAUGA